AUGGACAAAGCAGCGCAGCUCUGGUAUCAGGGCUACGUCACGAUGGUAUGGAUAUCGUAUAUAUUCGCAAAUUACAAAUCCCCGGGAAAUCCGCCAUCGGAUUAUGUUGUUCCGCUGCAUCAUUGGCAGAAGUGGUGCAACAAGUGCAAGCUCUACAAGCCAGAAAGAGCACACCAUUGCCGCAAAUGUAACUCUUGCAUUUUGAAGAUGGACCACCACUGUCCUUGGACGAACAAUUGCGUUGGGUAUGGAAAUAUGCCUCACUUCAUCCGCUUUCUAGUCUGGAUCAUCUUCGCAACUGGCUUUACUGGAUAUCACCUAGUCAAGCAGGCUGUAGUUUUCUACGAGGCCCGCAAUUUGCCUGCCUAUUUGAUUAACAAAGCAGAGCUUUCGGCAGUAAUUGCACUCCUCCCAUUGGACUUCUUUGUGUUCGUUGCUGUGCUUCUUCUCUUUGUCAGGUGUGUAAUUCAUAUCGUGUCGGGCAAUACCCAGAUUGAAGAAUGGGAGCGCGAGCGCUUGGCUUCCCAAUGCCACACGGAAAGAUUCUGGAUGAAGAUUCGUAACAAUCACAAACUUGUCCAUAACAAAGAGCUUCCUAAGUUGACUUCGUGGAACCUCACUGCUGUCCAGUAUAGAAAUCUUGAAGAAGAGGAAACUACAGAAGAGAGAAAUAGUUCGUCGACGGAUGAAGAGAAUGAAUCGCUUGUUCCGAAGCUAUUCACCGCCGAUGAUUUUAUUUUCCCUUAUGAUCUUGGGAUGUUCCGCAAUAUCUACAAUAACCUAGGCAAUCCUCUUUUGUGGAUCCUUCCAUGGAGCGGUCCACCAGGAUCUGGCUACGAGUUCGAAACUAAUACUGACGGUGACCAGCUCAAUUUACCCUGGCCUCCAGACGGAGGCAACGUUGAUUUUCCAUCGCGCAAGCUCUCAGAUGAGGAACUCCGGCAACUUGGCAAUGUCAGCCUUAUCAAAAAGCAUUUGGAUCCCAGAGGCACAAUGAAAAGAGAGGCUUGGACCAACGACGAGGGUGAAGGGCUUACUGACUACGGAGUUGAUGUCUCCGCCGAGGAGGAGAAAGGCAUCAAGUUGUAA